AAUUGUCGGACAUAAACAGCGCGGAGGGACCGGAAGUGGGGGUGUUGCUGACGAACGGACAUUAAACUUGAUUAACGUCAGACUUCAGGUCAGGGGUCAAACUUCAGGUCAGGGGUCAAACUUCAGGUCAGGGGUCAGACUUUGAAGUUUGAAUUUUAACGUUUUUUUUUUAAUUUGAACGUUUCGUUUAAACCGGAAGUGACAGAACCGUGAAGCAUCGCGGGAGAAAUGAUCCCGCCGCACUGCCUGCUGGGUAACAUGCUGACGUCAUGGAACUCCGCGGCGCGUGCAGGAACAUCAAAACAUACAUGACGCACGAGACGGAGACCGAGAGGACACGCGGAGACAAACUACAGACAUGUCUGUCUCUCUGUCAGCAGAGAGAGACAGGAUCCAGCGACAGGUGGAGGAGCUGGAACAGAUUCUGUCUGUAACCAACACUGAUAUGGAACUGCUGAGCAGUGAGACAGACGAUGAAUCAGCUGAUGAUGACACAGAGGAGGAGGGGAAGUCUGCAGCAGGUCUGUUGGCUCAGAGAGCGAAGAUCCAGCAGGAGAUCCAGAACCUGGAGACUAUCCUGGGGCCACACAGCCCUGUCUGUGUGUCAGAUGACGACAGCAGCAGUGAGAGUGAGCUGGGUCUGUCGGCGUCCGUGGACUCGUGUCUUCAGAUGAACCUGGUCUACCAGCAGGUUGUUCAGGAGACUUUGGACCAACUGGAGACACUCUUGGAUCAGAACCACAGACAGCAGAAAGAGGUGACGUCACAGCUGUCUGGACCAAUCAAAGAGUCUUCAAGGGAACCGGGCCCACCCUCCUCCUGCCAGCAGCCAAUCAACAUGUUCCUGGGACGAUUCUUCAAACCGUACUUCAAGGAUAAGCUGACGGGACUGGGUCCUCCAGCCAAUGAGGAGACGAAGCUGAAGACAGUGAGGAUGAGCGGCUGUUUGGAGAACAAGAAGCUGAAAGUCAAACGCUGGGCCAGCUGGCAGAAGACUCUGUUGAUUGACUCAGUCUCCAGAGACGGACUAAGGAGACUGAUACAACCCAAACUGUCCAGGGUGGACUACCUGACGCAGAAGCUGUCGUCAGCAGAGGAGACAGACAGGCAGCAGCUGAGAGAGCAGAUCGACAGUCUGGAGAGAGAGAUUGACCUCCUCAGAGAGAAGAAGGAGGAGGAGCUGAUCGGUGAUCGAUAUGAAGAACACGAUUGGCAGAGAAUCUCUAAUAUUGACUUUGAAGGCACAAAAGAGGCGGAGGACCUCCGUAGUUUCUGGCAGAACUUCCUCCACCCGUCCAUCAACAAGUCUUCAUGGAGUCAGCAGGAGGUGGAGGAGCUGAAGGAGGUCAGCAGGAGGCACGGAGAGAGAGACUGGGAGAGCAUCGCUGAGGAGCUGGGGACGGGGAGGACAGCCUUCCUGUGUCUUCAGACGUUCCAGCGGUUCGUCUCAGACUCGUUACGGAGGGGCAGUUGGACUCCGUCUGAAGACGCUCUGCUCAGAGAACUCGUCGACAAGAUGAGGAUUGGAAACUUCAUCCCCUACUCACAGAUGAGUUACUUCAUGGAGGGUCGUGACCCAAGUCAGCUGCUCUACAGGUGGGCUCAGGCUCUGGACCCGAGCCUGAAGAGAGGUCCGUGGACGCCCGAUGAGGACCAGCUGCUGCUGCAGGCCGUCUCUCGUUAUGGUGAGAAGGACUGGUGGAAGAUCCGGUUCGAGGUUCCUGGACGUACUGACAGCAGCUGCAGAGACAGGUACUAUGACUGUCUGAAGGAGGACAUAAAGAGAGGACCGUUUGACAAAAAGGAGCAGCUGUUGCUGCUGAUGCUGGUGAAGAAACAUGGAGUUGGUCGCUGGGCGAAGAUCGCUGCAGAGAUUCCUCAUCGUUUGGACGCUCAGUGUCUUCGAGAGUGGAGGAAACUCAGCAAAACACUUCCACUUCCUGCUCAGAAACAUGGGGGUAAAAAAACACCAACCACCAACGAUGGAGAAGCAAAGACGAAGGAGAAGAUUAAGGUUGCACAGACCCGGAGAAGCCUCAAGACACGACUGAAGAAAGUGAAGGAGAAAGAAGAGCAGGAGGAGACCAGCGAUGAGGAGGAGGAGGCAUUGGUGGAGUACAUGGACAGUGAUGAAGAGAAGAAAAAAGUAAAGAAGGCCAUGGGAGUAUUGAGGAGUGAGGAGUUGGAGGAAGAGGAGAAGGCGUAUGACUUCCCCCCUAUACAGGAGUGGACUUCAACAGACGCACAGAGUUUCACCUUCCUGAGCUUUCGACCGGUGGAGCUGCCUUCCUCUGGAGAUGCCUACAAGGGGAAACCUGUGAGGUCAACCAUCCUUGGAGACUUUGGACAGUCCGUGGUAAUUGGACCUCCACCCAGAGACCUGCAGUGGUACAAACGCCACAGCAGCAACACCAUGAUGAUGGUAUCACCUGAACAGCUGCAAGCCUACCUCCAGGUCCAGAUGAACACGUUCGACAACCUCAAUGGGAAGGUGCAGACUGGCAAACGUAACCUACCAGAAGUGACGGGGGGAGGGUUGGACUACGAGCUGCAGGCUGCGGUGACGCCUUGGAUCGGUAACCUCCUGAUCCCGGCAAAAACCAGACUGACAGCAACCGAUGCUCUGAGGGAGCGAGGAGAGAAGACCCCACUGUCCUCGACGUCCGUAUUCCUGAUCUUCAUCCAGACCUUGAACGUGGACUCUGAAGGCUGUAAGAAGAUGAUACAGCAGAGGAAGAACAAGGUCAUGUCAUCAAUACUGCACUCUGGAAACACGAUUAACCUAAAUACAGUUGCAGGAAUGUUGGAGAAGAAGCGUUUGGUGAACAAGCAGCAGGACAAACUGAUCCUGGCGCAGCGUGGGGUGCUGCACCAUAAAGACAAACAGAAACAUCAGCCACGACAGCUUGCACUGCUGCAACAACCUCCUCUUCUCUGCCCCCCAUCAAUGCCUCCUCAGCAUCUUCUUCAGGUGCCUCCUAAAAUGCAUCCUCAGAUGUCUCCUGUGUCCCUAUUUUCUCAUCCUGCCUCCACCCAGCUAAUGCCUGCCACGUCGCUGACCUCGACUUCUCCAUGCAGACCUCCUCCUGCGGUGGUCACCUCUAUGUUACCUUCUUCUCCUCAUAGACUGAAUGCCCCCCCUGUCAUAGUGGUCCAAAUGCCCCUGAACACUACAUCUACCUGCUCUGCUUCUUUCCACCAAUUACCUAGACUUGCCCCAGCCCCCUCCAUCAACCAGCAUGUUUCUAUUGGUUCAACACCGCCCAGUCAGAACGCGGUUUCCUCAAUCUCCAGCAUUCCCAUCACUUUCUCCAGCCAGCCUAGUCCUGCCCUCAGUCCAUCCAGCUCCAUCCAGAAUCCACUCAAAGACACUCAAGAGGAUCAACAGGCCGUCUGUGGCAGUCAGAACGAGGUGGAUUUGGGUGCCGCAGGUAAUGAUGUAGGUGAAGCAUGUCCAGGCAUGGACAGGGCAGGUAACGGUGUGAUCAAGGAAGACAGAAGGAUCCGGAAGCCAAGUCUGAAGGCCAAAUCUCCCCAGGACACCGCCAAAGCAAAGGCUAAAGCUCAGAAGAAAGCUGCUUCAUCUCCAUGUCGGAAAAUUCAGAUCCAGAACAUGAACUCUCCUUCUCAGCCGGUUGGGACCACUCCCAUAAAUCCGGUACCUCAGACUUCUCAAAGACCGUCUCCUCCCUUGGUCGUCCUCCCUCCUCCAACCAAACCAGACACUCCUUCACUUCCUGUCUCUGUGAACUCGUCCCAGAUCACCACACCUGCCUCCUGCUCUGAUAGGACUGUGUCAGCAGCCCCGCCCCCCUCUAUAUCCACCAAUCAGCACGCUGCCUACGCCACUUUAAGCCUACAAACUCCUUUACACAACGAUCAUGACUACACCUUUACACCAAGUCUUGUCUCUGAUGACAGUCAACAUGGCUUCAACUCCGAUCCACCAAUCCCCACCCCCAAACAGCCAAACCAGCAUGGCUCUGACUCCACCCCCACAAAAAAAAAUCCUAAAGCCCCGCCCAGUGGGAGGAAACGAGCAAGGGAGGAGCAACCGAGUGUGACGAGCAGCCAGGAUGAUCAGUGUGUGGGUGGGGCAGGUCAUGUGGUGGGCAGGACAGGUGACGUGUUGGGGGGGGCAGGUACAGGUGUGACCCAGGAAGGAAGGAGGCGUCGUAAGCCGAGUGAGAAGGUCAGAACUCUUCAGGGAGCUGUUAAGACCCAACAGGCUGAAGCCAAGAAAAAAAAGAGUUUGUCUUCUCCUCCUUGGAAAAAGCGCUCUUGUACGUCUCGCUCUAAACAGGAAGUUGUCAUCCAGAACCCUCCACUUACUCCGCUGCCCAGCUUCUGUUUGUGUCCUGGUCAGUCCAUGUGGGUCAUGACUCCUCAUGGGCUGAUCCAGUUGGCAGAUGCCCCGCCUCAAGGCCUGCAGCUGGCAUUGGUCCCAGCUCUACUCGGGAAUAGUAACGGUCAGCAGGCCACGCCCCCUCUGCCCCUACCUGCAGACAGUCUAGCCGCACCUCAACCAGCCGCACCUCAACCAGCCCCUCAAUCAGCCGCACCUCAACCCCCCCCAGUGUUGGUCCUCGAAAACCUGCCUGGACAGAAUCAGUCACGCCUUCUUCCUGCCCCUCUUUCCUGUCCUGAGCCCGUCCCCCGACCUAUCAUCCUGCAGCCAGUCUCAAACCCGGGCGCCCCUGAGCUUCACCCAAAACUCAUCCUGCCAUAUAAGGGCACUGUCAAAGCAGACCAUUCGGUACCCCCUCCCCUCCAGAGGGAGGCAUUGCAGUUCGACCCCUCCCUGAUGUUUCGAGAGUCCCAGAAAGAGGUGCAUGAUUGGCUGAGCAGUCAGCGAGGGGUGGUGGUACCUGGAGUGGGCGUGGCUUUUCCCUACCUGCCACCCUUCGUCAGCAGUCUGAGCACGCUCAAUGCACUGCUCCAAGCCAGGACGUCUCUGACUGAAUCAACCCUUCAGCUGCUGAGUCGAGAGUCCGAACCCCGACACCCCCAAAUUGACCCUGACAGCACCAAGACCACGUCCAGUCCGGACUUGCCAGAUUCCACGACCGACUGUAAACCAGCUACAGACAACACAGCUCCCUCUGUCGACCUGCAGGAGGAGGUAGAGCUCGUGGUGACAGUGCGUCAGCUGGUGGCAGAGCGUUUCUCAGGUAACCCUGCCUACCAGCUGCUGAAAGCCCGCUUCCUGUCCUGCUUCACUGUCCCUGCCCUCCUGGCUACUGUUCAGCCAGUUACCAAAAAGAUUGUGGAGAAGAAGGCGUCACAAGGAGAGGAGGAGGAGGAGGAGGAGCAGAGAGUCAUAGAGAGAGUGAAACAGAGGAGAGCUGCCAGAUCUGUACUGCUGAGUGACGGCGCAGGAGUUCCAGCCAAUCACUUCUCAGGAAUCAUCACCACAGAUCAGACUGGAUCGGAACAGACUGGAUCGGAACAGACUGGACCAGACCAGAUUGGAUCAGAUCAGACUGGAUCAGAACAGACUGGACUGGACUGGACCAGUUGAAAGCAGACAGUCAGUGUCCAAUGAAAAGCUCCGGUCUAAACGUUGACUUGUCCUCUGACAGAUGGUUGGAUGUUUGAAUUAAAUUAGAGACAUAUUUUGAUUGGUCCAAUCGUUCAGUCCGGAUCAGAUUUCUGAAGUUAAAAUCAGGCGUUUGAGAUCUCGGUGACUUAAUCACCAGUCAAACAUGUUCUGUUCUCGUUGUGAACUUUGUUUUUAUGAUGUUUGAAUCAUUGUCUGGACAUUCUGCGGCUCUGUGCUGCGUUCAGGGACCUCACACAAAGCGGUAAAGGAACGACGUUGCACUAAAAAAUCUCUUUUUUGUUUACUUUUACUUAUUUAGAGACUGUGAAGAAAAAAAAC